AAAAAAAGUUUAUGGUGUUAACUCCGGCCUAAGAGGCACCCGCAGAGCUCUGCAAACCCGAACGCAGGGCCGGGCCUGGCCGGGCCGGGUGUUUGCCCACGAGGACGCGUUCGCUCGGAUCCCGUGUGUUUGGGGCUUUUAAAGGUCAUCCCGCGGUUUACAGCGCUGCAGAGAAUGGAAAGCCCAGCGAGAGCCAAGCACCGUCCCUGGCAGGGUGUUCGGCACCGCUCUCCCGGACGGGACGGGACAGGCCCGCGGGGAGAGUGCGGAACGAUUUCCACGCGUGGCUCCCACCCUGGCACGGGCACAGAUAAGGGCCUGCCAGCCCGCCCUGCCCGCUGUGCCCGCCUCGAAGACAGCAAAUGCUGCGGCAGCCGAGCCCUCUCCCGCAGCGCCGCGCCCUCCGCGCCGCGGCCCCGCCCCGUUGCGAAGGAAGCGGCGUCGCCGGUUGCUACGAGGCCCGGCAGGACGCGCAGAGCAGCGCGGCGGGGCCCGGCGCUGGCGGCGGUGUGGGCCCGGCGCUGGAUGGAGCUCGGCGAGAAGGCCGGCGGGGCGGCGCGGGGGCAGCUCCUCGCCGGGGCCCCGCAGGACCGCGCGGGAGAGCGGCAGAGCGUCCCUGUGGGUAGAGAUUUAAUAUUUCAUUUUGAACAGGAUUUACAAGAAGAACGUCGGGCAUUGAAAGAGGAUCAAAAAAUGCAUCGGAACAAGGCAAUGAAAUAUUUGAUGGAGACAAACAGAAGAAGAAGAGCCUUUGAAGAAAGACAGAAGGAAGAAGAAGCAAAAGAAAAAAGAUUUAGAGAACAAGUUCUGCAGCAGAGGAAAAUUAAAUUUCAGGAGGCAACUGCUAAGUUCCAACAUGCUCAUCAGUCCUUUUCUCGGCAGAAACAAACAGCUCUGAUCCCUCCAGUUCAGACAAAAGCAGCUUUUCAGUUAGAAGAAGCUCUUGAACAAAUUAAAGGAUCAGUUUUAACGCCAGGACUGUGCUUGCAAAACAUAAACAAAAUCAAUUUCAGAACCACAGAUGACACUUCAUCCUCAUCAGUAUGUAGAAGUGAUUCUUUCUGUCAGAAGCAGAAUUCAGCAGUGUUUGGCUGUGAUGAAACAAUACAGGAGAGCAGUAGAACAGACAUGGAUAGUCACCAACUUCUCUUCCAGAAAAAUCUGGAAGAAAUGCAACAGCUCCUUGAAAAACAGCAUCUCAACAACUUAGAGAAUUUUCAUCAAGAAAUCAAAGAAAGAGAUGAUUCAGAAAGCCUGAUGAGCCUUGACAGUCUUGAGGCUGGAGAACAAAAUGGAAAUUGCACAACACAGAGUGAAUCAUCUUUUACCACACAGUGUGACUGUGCCCUGUAUGAUCCAGAAAAAUGCCAGACUAGGAAAAAUGGUUUACUUCACACAGAUCAAAGUACUUCUAAAAAUGCACAUCUAAAUAAUUGUCUGAGAAACGUAGAUUUGCUACACUACCACAACAUACCUACUCAUGAUCUUUUAGCUAAACAUAAUGUUCUAACUCCUGCUGAACAUGUAAACACUUCAGAAGAGGAAUCAUCUGCUUCUCACAGAUCUGGAAAACAACCUGCAGAAUUCUCUGUCUCUGGUAAGCAAAAGAGCUCUGUAAGUAAUGCAUUUAGUUUCCUGCAAAACAUAAAAGACAGAAGCAAGCCAUCUUCUGGAGCAGCUAGCACAUUUGCCACUGGUCAUCCUGUUUUCAGUCCUAGCAGAGCCUGGGACAGCCCUGAUUCUAUUCCAGGAGAAAGAAUUCAGGAUCUGAUGCAAGAUCAGACUUUUAAAAUGACCCCACAGGAGAGAACUAAAUCUAUGCAAGAUGCGUCCAGUCAACCUAUUGCAACAUCUGUAAUCUUAUUUCCUAAUCAGGGAUGUUCCACUGGCAUUCCCAGCACAGCUGAUGUGUUACCAAAGAACAAAAACAUCAGUACAGGGUUUUUAAAAAAUACCUUAGGAAAAAUGACUGAAAUAAAAGAAGGAAAUAUUAAAUGUAUGAAUUACAUUAUUUCAGAAACAUCUUUAUUUCAGGACACACCAAAUGUCUCACUUCUGUUGGAAGUUAAGCAACAGAAUAAUAAAGAAGGAAAAGGAAAUAUAAUUGAAAAUAUGUCACUGUUACCUGAUACAGAGUUCAAUUCUGACACUCCUAGACAGGACAAAAUCCUGAAAAAUAAUAUUCUUGCAAGAAAAAGAGCAAAGCUUUUCACAAGUAUCUUAAAGAAGAGUUCUAAAUAUGAAUCCAGUCAUUUCAAAGCUGUGGUUACAGACCAUGGGAUCAGUUUUGGAACUCAAGUCAUGUCAUCUAUCAGAGACAGUUUAGAACUGGCAAAAAUAAAAAAGAAAAGUGCAGAAAAUGAAAAAUACAAUAGGAAGCUAAAAUGGUGUGAUGAAAUUGACCAGAUAAUAAUAGAAAAUAAUGAAAAAUGCUAUGAAAAAAUCAUCAGUGAAAUAUCGUCUUCAAAACUGCAGUGUGUUCAAACUGCAAAUAACUCUCCUAAGAACAAUUUAAGUAUUGUUGCUCAGCCUUCAAACCCCAUGUUCAUAAAAAAUCAUCAGGAAAGUUCUCAUAUGUCAAAACCAAACAUUAAUACUGAGAAAUCAAAUAAAGAAUACCCAUCUCAGAAUAUAUUUAUGUUUACAGGAUCCUUUUCUGGUAAGAAAGCUUGGAUGGUAUCAAAAGAUGAAGUAAGUAAACCCCCAGUAUGUAGCAAUAAUGCUAAAAUUAAUGAAGGUGGUCAACUCAAAAAUAAGGCAAAAAUAACAAGAAGAGCAACAUCUGUAAGAGUCCAGUCACAUUCUAUGCUGAAGAAGAGAAGAGGCACUAUGAUCAAAGUGCAGUCAGCCACUGAAGCCAGCAAAACUCAAAAAGCUCCAGGGAAAUGCCUUGCACCUCACCCACCUUCCACACCUCUGCCAGGAAACAGAAGUGUUGAAAACCCAGCCAGCCCUGGGUGUCAGUCACUGCUGCCUGCCAGCCUGCAAGCUACCAGUGCUAGCAGCAGUGAUUUCAAUGACAGGCAUGUUGUGCUAGCAAGUCGGGUUUUAAAUAGGAACAGUGCAGAAAAGAGUGAGAAUACUGCUGGUUGUGCUGGUGUGGCCACUGCCAUCUCUACACCUGACUGCAGCAGGGCCAAAUACAAACCUUGGGCAAAAAAUAUUUGUUCUGUAAAUAAUGUUAAGGCAAGCGCCUGUCACGAUCAUUCAGUAACUUGCUCUGAGAAAAGACCUGUUAACACAGAAAAUAGAUUACAUCUCCAUCAUAUCCCAGCAGCUGGAAAAACAAGCACCUUCUGGCACGGAGCACAUUCUACCCAAGCUCCGAAAGACUCUGCUACUGGUGGUGUUCCUGUUACAAGACAAAAUCAGGUUUUGGGCAACUAUGAAAAUAUACACCGAGGUUUUUCAGAAUGCAGAAGACAAAGUGUCGUCUCUAAAAUAUGGAAGCCUGCUCAUCAUGCACAGAAUUCAUUAUGUGCUGUCCAGCUGAGUCCCAUUCAAUCUGCAUUUGAUCCAGUACAAAAGAUGAAAAACAUCUCUAAAUCUGAGGAAGUUUCAGAAAGCACUGCUCAGUUUCUAGUGGCAGAAAAACUAGCAAGUACACCAGUUGCAGAGGGUGAAAUCCUAGCAGCCAUGGACCGUGUGAAGCCAGCCAGACAGCUCUCAUUGCUUAAAAGGGCUCUGUGUCCAAGCAGGAGUACCCUUUCCAUAGAAGAACAGAAGAUUUUCCAGUCUCUGGAUUGUCUGAAUCAAAAGCUACAAAAUGUUCAAAAAGCCAUUACCAGAAACCCAUUUGCUUCACAUGUUUUGCAGAUAAGCAACCCUUAG